CAUUGCUGAAUUAUCCUUUCAGAAAGAACCACAACCGUUCAAAGUCUGACUUCAUUUAGUGCCUCUAGGCAAAGAAAGAACCAACCAUCGUUCCAGCCGUCGUUGCUUCCAAUUCCAUGCAUGGCCUGGCCUGUCUUCCCGUCACACCCAACCCAAGCCCACAACCCGCCCAUCCCAAACCCCAAAGCGGCGCAAACUCUCCCAACCUCACACCAAACCAAUUCCCGAACCUGCACACCGCCCCAACCCACCACAUCUCGUUGCUCUGCAAAGAUGGCCGAAUCCGCGAAGCCGUCGAGUCCCUAACCGAAUUCCAAAGCAGAAACGUCCACGUAGGACCCGACAUUUACGGAACACUCCUUCAGGGAUGCGUCUACGAAAGAGCCCUCCACCUGGGUCUCCAAAUCCACGCCCACGUCAUAAAAAAGGGUCACUCUUUCACUCACAACGAGUUCCUCCACACAAAGUUACUCAUUCUGUACGCCAAAUGCGGUGUAUCCGACGUGGCAAACCACCUCUUCCGCAAUUUGUGGAAACAGAACGUCUUCUCUUGGGCCGCUCUCAUUGGGUUACACACCCGAACGGGUCGUUGCGUAGAAGCGCUUUUGAGUUACGUUCAAAUGCAAGAGAACGGGUUCUUACCCGACAACUUUGUUGUUCCCAACGCUUUGAAGGCUUGCGGGGUUCUUGGGUGGGUUAAGUUUGGGAAGGGAGUUCAUGGGUUUGCUGUGAAGACAAUGGGCUUCCCCAAGUGUGUCUACGUUGCGACUAGUCUUGUGGAUAUGUAUGGCAAGUGUGGGUUUUUGGAGGAUGCAGAGAAGGUGUUUGAUGGUAUGGUUCAGAAGAACGUUGUUGCUUGGAACUCUAUGAUUGUGACUUAUGCACAGAAUGGAAUGAACAUGGAUGCAAUUAGGCUCUUUUUGGAGAUGAGGUUGCAGCGAGUUGAACUAACUUCGGUUGCUUUGUCAGGUUUUCUUUCCGCCUGUGCUAAUUCGGAGGCUGUCGGUGAAGGAAGACAAGGGCACGGUCUUGCUGUUUUGGGAGGGCUGGAAUUGGAUAACAUUUUGGGUAGCUCGAUUAUGAACUUCUAUUUCAAGGUUGGUUUGGUUGAGAAUGCCGAGGUGGUUUUUAGAAAUGUGGCGAUGAAAGAUGUGGUGACGUGGAAUUUGAUUAUAUCUGGUUAUGUGCAGUUUGGGCUGGUUGAGAAGGCGCUUGAGAUGUGCUGUCGUAUGAGAGAAGAGAAUUUGAGGUUUGACUGUGUGACAUUGUCGUCUUUGUUGACCGUUGCUGCGAAUUCAAGAGAUGUAGGGUUGGGGAUGAAGGGACACGGGUAUUGUGUUAAGAACAAUUUCGAGUCUGAUGUGGUUGUUUUAAGUGGCAUGAUUGAUAUGUACGCUAAAUGUGGGAGAAUGGAUUAUGCGAGAAGAGUUUUUGAUUCUGCUGCAAAAAAGGAUAUGGUGUUGUGGAAUACAAUGUUGGCAGCUUUUGCAGAGCAGGGGCUGAGUGGCGAGGCCUUGAAGUUGUUCGUUCAAAUGCAGCUGGAGAGCGUUCCCCCGGAUGUGGUUUCUUGGAAUUCUGUGAUUUACGGUUUCUUAAGAAAUGGUCAGGUUGGUGAGGCUCGAAACAUGUUUUCAGAAAUGUGCUCCUCAGGUGUUAAGCCUAAUUUGAUCACGUGGACGACCAUGAUCUGUGGUCUGGCUCAGAAUGGUCUUGGCUAUGAUGCCAUCAUGGUUUUCCGGGAAAUGCAGGAUGUGGGAAUCAGACCUAGUUGCAUAAGCAUAACUUCUGCACUCUCCGCUUGCACUAAUAUGGCAUUGUUAAAAUAUGGAAGGGCAAUUCAUGGAUAUGUUAUGAGGCAUUACUUGUCUCUUUCUCUUCCUAUCACAACCUCUAUAAUGGAUAUGUAUGCUAAAUGUGGAACUUUGGAUAAUGCAAAGUGUGUUUUCAAUGUGUGUUCAACAAAGGAAUUGCCUGUAUACAAUGCAAUGAUAUCUGCAUAUGCAUCACAUGGUCAGGCUAAGGAAGCCCUUGCGCUUUUUAAACAAUUAGAGAAAGAAGGAAUAGUGCCAGAUCACAUAACCCUUACUAGUGUCUUGUCAGCAUGCAGCCAUGGGGGAUUGGUGGAGGAGGGCAUAAAGCUUUUCAAAUAUAUGGUCUCUGAACUCCGAAUGAAGCCAAGUGAGGAACAUUAUGGUUGUUUAAUCAAACUUCUAGCUAACAAUGGCCAGUUGGACGAAGCUCUUAGGACUAUUUUGACAAUGCCAAUCCAUCCAGAUGCUCAUAUAUUAGGAUCUUUGCUUGCGGCUUGUGAACAAAAUCAUGAGAUUGAACUUGCAGAUUAUAUAGCAAAAUGGUUAUUCAGUAUGGACCCAGAUAAUUCAGGGAAUUAUGUGGCACUUUCAAAUGUAUAUGCAACUGUAGGUAAAUGGGAAAAAGUGUCAAACAUAAGGAGCUUAAUGAAAGAAAAGGGUCUAAGAAAGAUUCCUGGCUGUAGCUGGAUAGAAGUUGGACAAGAACUUCAUGUAUUUAUUGCCAGCGAGAGAUCGCAUCCUACAACACAGGAGAUUUAUAUGAUAUUGGAUUUGUUGGGAUUUGAAAUGCAUUAUGCAAAAUAUUCCCCUUAUAGUGCUAAGCCAACAUCCUCCGCUUGUAACACAGGUGCCUUGACUUCUGCGGUGGAACUUUAAAAGUAACUAACGUUCUACCAAAUUCAUCAAUGGUAUCGAAGAAAAAGUAAAGGAUGUAAAUAAAGAGCUUUAAGAGAUGUAUAUCCUAACUCCGGGAGUGCUUGACACCCUUUAUAGUUUAAACAUGGAUCUAUUUCAGGUCAGGGAAUCCUCCAUCUAAAAUUAUCUCAAGCAUUGAUGCAGUUUGGGGUCAAUAUGGCCAUUUAACAUCCAUGUUUAUUUAAUAAUAGGAAAAGAAGGCUCCUCCUACCAUACAUAUAACUCCAUAUUCUAGCCCCUAGCAUCACUGGAAAUACAUUGACCAUCUAAUGUACACGUCCUUGUCUGCUUUCCAUCUCAUUUUAAGCAGUACCAUAUUUUAAUAUUUAAUAUUUAUAAAAGAAUGGAGACACCAUAGUGAACCAAGACACGAUACCUUUAUGCCUUUGCAGUUUUCUUCUGGUUUUAGUACCGAACUUGGGUAGUCUGCUUUGUGUUUGUUAGAAAGACUAAUAGUGUGAGAAACUGCUUUGGCUGGAUCCAAAUGCUAUCCCCAAUGAUAACGAGGAGUUGGCAGCUGUGUAAGUUAUUUUCUGGGCUUUCAAUUUUUAGAUUGCUGUGGACAUUUACUUUUCUAAUGUAAAGAAAGAGAAGGGCUGUCUAUUAUGUAUCACGUGAGGUAAGAAAGGCUAAAGAGGGUCAAUUUGGUUUAAACCGUAGUUAUCAAUCUCAGUUAGCGAACUUUAGCGAGCGGUUGGCGUCCAAAAUGCUAAAGUGGAAGAAUGCACAGCAGGAUGACCACUAUGGAAAUUUUAGGGAUUUUUUCAUAAAUAAAAUUAAUUAAUUAAUGGUUAGACUUGAAAAAGUUUACUUAAAUGUCUUAAUUUGUGUUAUAUAAAAGUUAAUUUUAAUUAAAUUUUACAUAAAUAAAAAGUUGAUUUUGAUUGACUUUUAUUUACUGUAUUGUCACACUACCCGUUGUUAUUGUUUUCAUUGUAAAAAUUAAUUUAAAUCAAAUUUACUAUUACAUAAACGUCAAUUUGAAUUGACUUUAUUAUUAUAUAUUACAUGUAAGCAAUAAACUUUUUAUUUAUGCAAAAGACCUCCAAUAUUAAAAUCUCAUUUAAAUUGUCAUGAACUAUUUUAUCUGCAUACAUUUGAAAAUUUUCCAAAGUCUGCUUUAUCAAGCUCACCACAAUGAUCGAAUUAAUUUUUUUCAUGCUUUCACACAUACCUAUCUAAUGUAUUAAGUUUUUGCAUAUAUUUGGUGAUAAAUUUUCAUGCGCAAUCUUUAAUGUAUAUUAGGCAUCACAACCUUUUGACCUUUCAAAUAUACAUACAUAAAACAUAGAAAUUUGAAUGAAGACAAUAAAAUGUCAUUUUGUUGUACUACAUCUAAUUAAGUUCAUACUGGAAAGCAAAGUUGCAAUUUGAUAUUAACAUUGCGCAAGCAUGCAUUUAAGUCUAAUGGUACUUAGGCUAAUAUAUGCGUGUGUAAUGCUAAAGCACAUAAGCACCUUGAUAACAAAGUUGUUCAUUUAAUCAGAUAGCCUUCCAAGUUAUUCAUUUAUCUUGCAACUUAAUAAAGUGUGGUAAAAGUUAAGGAUACAUAUCCUUUCCAGUUUGCGCCAGAAUUAGAUGUUUGGUUCUUUAUUUUGCUUAAGCAAGGAAUUGUGUGCUUAAGUGAAUUAUUCCUUACGCGAGUACUAAGUGCAUGGAGUAAAUCUUGUAUAGAAACCACUCAAAGGAGCCAAUAAUUUUGG